AAAAAAAAAAAAGACAGAUGGGAUUAGAAAAUGUUGCAGUGAAGACUCUGGAAUGAGAUGAGAUCACAGCACCAGCCUGUCUUUUGUGGACCUGCACAAUGAUACAAUCAACGAUUCCCUGAGCCAGACUGGAUUAGGAAACCUCCGGACCAGGGGUACAGAGAGAGGCCUCCGGUUCUCAGACACUUUGGGGGAGAGAAGGCUGAAACGAUGCAUCAGAUUUACAGCUGCAGUGACGAAAAUAUAGAAGUUUUCACCACUGUGAUUCCUUCCAAGGUGCCCAGCCCAGCCAGAAGAAGAGUCAAAAGCUCUCAACACCUCUUGACCAAGAAUGUGGUGAUCGAAUCGGACCUCUACCCACCCCGACCCCUGGAGCUGCUGCCACUCCGUGGCGACUGCCGGGAAGGCGAGGGCCGCAGGUCGGGCCGGCUCCAAAGCCCGUGGCAGCAGGGACCCCACCCUGCCAAGACCCCUGCCAGACCCGUGGGCAUUGCUGAAUCCAAAUCAUCAAAUCUGUGUGGGAAUCGAGCCUAUGGCAAGUCUUUGAUUCCUCCCGUGGCCCGGAUCUCCGUGAAAGCCCCCGCCGCUGUCCUGGAGGCGGCAGCCACAGGCUCAGAGAACAGAGCUGUUCUGGCAAGAGGAUCCAGACAUCUCAAGAAGAUGACUGAAGAGUAUCCCACCCUUUCCCAGGGAUCAGAAGCCUCCCUGCCACUGACAGGAAGUGCUUCCUGCAGCGUCCCCAGCAUCCUCCGGAAAAUGUGGAUGAGGCACAAGAAGAAAUCUGAAUACGUGGGAGCUACCAACAGUGCCUUCGAGGCCGACUAAGGGUGCCCCCUCCCCCACGCCCCCAGGUGCCCCCCAUUGGCCAAAGUUCACUGCACAGGGGGCGAAAACUGGAUUGGAAUGGAGUCACAUCCACCUCUGCUCGUAGCUGGUCUGAACACAUCAUCCGCCCUUACUAACCCAUCACCCCAGCUUAGGACACAGGAAAGGAACUUCCUUGGAAGGCAAAAGAAAACGGUUCCUUCUUAGAGUCGCUAAAGACACUGGUCUGUAAGUGACUUUGGGAGGUCUUAAGUUUAUAUCCCUAUCUUUAAGCAAAGCCACACCCAAAUCAAAUUUUCCUAACUCAUUUUAAAGACCUCCAAGGAAGGAAGCAGGUGAUUCUUCCAUCUUCAUUGUGAGUUGUUCUAAUGUGUGUGAUUUGUAGUAUAAAUGGGAGAGCUUGAUGUUUGAGGCACUUGUAAACACAAUGGCUCUUACUAUUCCUGUUAUGGCCUUUAUUUCAUCUUGACAAGGUACGAUUUGUAAUAACCGAGCACUACAUAUUUACCUAGUAGUUCAAAUAUCCGAUUGAGAGUAUCAUCAAGAUGGGUUUUGUUGACCAUUUAACAUGAUUGCAUGAAUUCUCUAGUCUUUUACAUGCAGUUUUUCUAUAGAAAAACAUGAUUAAAAAUUAAAUGUUAAAUGCUAAUGUUUUCUGAAAUGGCAUAGUCUAGUGGAAUUAAUAUCUUUCUUUGGUAUAAUGAUUUUAACUUUUGAAAGUGCUUUCCCAUCCGUUAUCUCUUAUCUUCCCAAAAUCCCUAUUUCAGAAAGCACAAUUGUUCCCAAUCUACAGAUGAGAAAGUCAAGGCCUUAAGAAGUUGUAUGGCUAGAUACAGUGGAACUAGAUACCAGGACUUCAACUUCUCCCCAGACUCCUUGCUUUACUUACUCUAGCAACUGAUUUGAGGAAGGUUUUGAGGAAUAGGAGUAUGUCUUUGGGGGCAAUCUUUGAAGAGAAGAAUUUGAUAAAGCUGGAACAAGUAAGGGACUUGAAUGAAAUACACCAUUAUGCAUUAGGAUGAACUGAAGAAAUUGCCAUGUUUGUAGGUCAAAAACAAUUUGUUAUCAAUUUCAUAUAGUUCAACCUAAUCUAUAAUAUUAUGAUUUCCUUCCUUCAAUGGAAAUGUCAUCACCAAUUCCACUGUCAACAUCAGUAGCUUUAAAAUGCUAAUAUGAUAAUGAUAGCUAUCAUUUAUUAAAUGCCUACUAUGUGCCAGGUAUGAUACUGAGCAUUUUACACACAUUAUCCCAAUCUUUCUAACCACUCUCAGUGAGGUGGCCUUGCCCAUUUAAUAGACGUCAGUUUAAAGCAGUUAAAUGAUUAGUCUGAAGGCACCUAAUCAUGUGGGUAUCAGGCUUCAAUGACUGUGUUAUAUCUACUCCUUCACAGAGAAUAGUGCAGAACAUAGAGAUGGACCAAAGUUAAUCAAUCAUUUUGAUCUCAAAUGCUAACCACAGUUGAUUGGCAGAGGCUGCCUGGCGUUCUGUGUGGAGCUGGAAUCUGAGAUGAAGGAGUGCCGUGAUCAAUCAGUAAUCCCUGAUUGUGGAGGGCCUCGGUGGCAAUAUGCCUUGUGUAUCUGUGGCCUCAGCUCAGCCUCCAGAAGGCUUGUUUUCUAAUUUGGAAGUUUAAGGUAAUCCAGCUCACCUGAUAGAACCAGACACUCCAUGGAGAAAUUUAAUGUACGACUAGGUUGGAAAUUGCCAUGUGUUGGUACAAAGAAGAAUUUGAUCACAUUACUGUCUCAGACUCAACUGCUAUGCAUAAGCUGCUGUUCUGAGGCCACGUGUUGCUUUUUGCUAAGUUACUGUUUCCGUAUCUCCAAGAAGGCAUGGGGGGAUAAGAGGCCUCGGCUUCUAGGCUUUCACCUUGCUGCUCUCUGCUCUUCAACCGUUUUCGGUUCUGGAAACUCAGUCCUUGCACCAGAACACACUUUGGAGAUUUGGGUAGCAAGUGGUCUUUCAAUGAGGGCCUAGUCUCAGGGGACUAAUAGUCCUACCUGGUGUAGAUAAUGGGACCCGGAAUAAAGUUGGGGAGCAAAGAGGUGAUUUAUGCUGGACCUAUCGAUCAGAGUAUCCUAAGACUAUUUAUUUUAAAUUAUUUAAUUUAUAACUGAUGCCUUCUAUUUGUAUGUGGCAGCUGGAGGUGUCCGUAGGAUGCAACUAACUUAUUUAUUUUUAAUUUAAAUAUUUCAUCACGAAGUGUUUGCCUUGUAUAGAACAAUUUCAUUGGCCAAUUCAAAUAAAAAUAAAGUAUGCUUUGUCUGUGACAUCAAUAAACCAC